UCUUAUAUAGGGGCUUAUUCCAGCCUCCUAGCACCUUUGGUUGCAGGAAGAAAGAACAGGAUGAAUAUGUUGCCAGGAAGGUGCCUUCCCUACUUGCCUGUGCUGAGUGCUUUGUUGGUUGUGGGGGUCACAGAAGGAUUUAGAGACCAGAACUGGCUUGGUGUCUCAAGGCAGCUCCAAACUAAGACAUGGAACAAGCAGCUGUAUCCAGAAUGGACAGGAAUCCAGGGGCCUGACUGCUGGAGAGGCGGCCAGAUCACACCAAAAGUCACUAAUGAUGGGCCUACGCUUCUUGGUGCAAAUGCUUCCUUCUCCAUUGUCCUGCAUUUCCCUGAAAGCCAAAAGGUAUUGCCAAAUGGGCAGGUUGUUUGGACCAACAACACCAUCAUCAAUGGGAGCCAUGUGUGGGGAGAACAACCAGUGUAUCCCGAGGAACCUGAUGAUGCUUGUAUUUUUCCUGAUGGUGAACCCUGCCCAUCUGGUUCUAGGUCUCAAAGAAGAUGCUUUGUUUAUGUCUGGAAGACCUGGGGUCAAUACUGGCAAGUUCUCGGGGGCCCAGUGUCAGGGCUGAGCAUUGGGACAGGACAGGCAGUGCUGGGCACACAUAUCAUGGAAGUGACUGUCUACCACCGCCGGGGGGCCCAGAGCUACGUGCCCCUUGCUCAGUCCAGCUCUGCCUUCACCAUUACAGACCAGGUGCCUUUCUCUGUGAGUGUGUCCCAGCUGCAGGCCUUGGAUGAAGGGAACAAGCACUUCCUGAGAAAUCAGCCUCUGACCUUUGCUCUUCAGCUUCAUGACCCCAGUGGCUAUUUGGCUGGGGCUGACCUCUCCUACACCUGGGACUUUGGAGAUGGUACUGGGACACUGAUCUCUCGGGCACUUGUGGUCCCUCACACUUACUUGGAGUCUGGCUCAGUUACAGCUCAGGUGGUGGUGCAGGCUGCAAUUCGUCUCACCACCUGUGGCUCUUCCCCAGUCCCAGGCACCACAGAGGGGAACAUGCCGACUACAGAGGACUCUGGCACUACAGCUGGGCAAAUGCCCACUGCAGAAGUUGUGGGUACUACACCUGAUCUAAUGCCAACUCCAGAGCCUUCUGGAACCAUAACUCUGCAGGUACCAACCACAGAGGUCAUAAAUACUGCCCCUGUGCAGGUUGCAACCACAGAGGGCACAGGUACUACACCUGAGCAGGCACCAACCUCAGAGGUCAUAGGCACCACGCUUGCAGAGAUGUCAACCACAGAAGCUGUUGGCACAACAUGGCCAGAAGUGUCAACUGGAGAGCCCUCUGGAACCACGGUUGCACAGGCAAUAAUUACAGAGUUGGUGGAGACCACAGCUGGAGAGUUACUCACUAUUGAACCUGAGGAUUCAGAUGCCAAUCUAUCCAUGCCUACAGAAGACAUUUCUGAGUCUGUGAGCCCCUUGCUGAAUGGUACAGACACCUUAACACUGGUGAAGAGACAAGUUCCACUGGAUUGUGUUUUGUAUCGAUACGGUUCCUUUUCUCUCACCCUGGACAUUAUCCAGGGUAUUGAGAAUGCAGAGAUCUUGCAGGCUGUGCCAUCCAGUAAGGGCAAUGCAUUUGAGCUGACUGUGUCCUGCCAAGGCGGGCUGCCCGAGGAAGCCUGUAUGGAUAUUUCAUCACCUGGGUGCCAGCCCCCUACCGAGCGGCUGUGCCAGCCUGUGCCACCAAGCCCAGCCUGUCAGCUGGUUCUGCACCAAGAACUAAAGGGUGGCUCAGGGACCUAUUGCCUCAAUAUAUCUUUGGCUGAUGCCAACAGCCUGGCAAUGACCAGCACUCAGCUUGUUGUGUCUGGUCAAGAAGCAGGCCUUGGUCAGGCUCCCCUGCUUGUGGGCACCUUGCUGGUGUUGGUGGCGAUGGUGCUUGCAUCUCUGAUAUACAGGCGCAGACUGAUGAAGCAGGGUUCAGCCCUCUCCACUUCCCAGCUGCCACAUUGUAGCACCUCCUGGCUGCGGCUGCCCCAGGUUUUCCGUGCUUGCCCCACUGGAGAGAACAGCCCACUUCUCAGUGGGCAACAGGUCUGAGUAUCUCAUACAAUGCUGUGAUUUCCUAGGGUUGGCAGUGAUGCCUGUUUUCUGCCAUCUUCCCUUGGAGACUACCAUUACCUGAAAUAAACGCUCAGAACCUGGGA